AUGGACAUAAAUAUUGCAAUGAGGCAAUUUGCUGAAACUUGGAUCUCAGAUAUCUCUCUUAUGGCUAGACUAGUACUUGAAGAGAACAAAGAUCUUGCUAGACUUUGUGAAGUUAGAUUCAAUGGUGAUAUUGGGUAUGAAAUCUUAGAUGGUCAGUACAGGCAUAUUCACAAAGACAUAGAACCUGAAUAUGAAGUAGUGCAUUGGUUUAGGAAAGAGACUUUCUUGAAGGCUUAUAACCACUUUCUACAGCCAAAACCAAACAUGAAAAUGUGGCCUCACACUAGUGGUGUAGUGAUUGAACCUCCUGAACCAAAAGUCAUGCCUGGUAGGCCACCAAAGUGCAGAAGAAAGGCAAAGAAUGAGCCUAGGAAAAAGUAUGGAAAGUUGUCCAAAAGAGGAGUAAAAAUGACUUGCUCCUUGUGUCAUCAAGUAGGCCACAACAAAAAAGCUUGUCCAACCAUGGCUGGGAUGGGACAACCUGGAGGCUACCCAAGCAGGCAACCAAGCUCAAGCCAGCCACCAGUGUUUAGCCAACCAUCAAGCUCAAGCCAGCCACCACUAUUUAGACAACCAUCAAGCUCAAGCCAGCCACCACUUUUUAGCAGACCAUCAAGCUCAAGUCAGCCACCAGUAUUCAGUCAUCGAGGAAGUUCUAUGUGUUUUGAUUCUUCAGCUGUUAGAAGAGAGCAACAACCUGCUAAAAGCAGAGGCAGAGGUAGAGGUACAUGUAGAGGCACAAGCAGAGACACUGGGAGAGGCACUGGUAGAGGCACAAGUAGAGGAACAAGCAGAGGCAUUGGGAGAGGCACUGGUAGAGGCACUGGCAGAGGCAUUGACAGAGGCACUGUUAGAGGCAUUUGUAGAGGCAUUGAUAAAGGCACUGGAGGUGUAUCAAGUCAGCAACCUGAUCAACCAAGGGCUAUGGGAGAUUCAAUAUCAAUAGGAAGACAAAAGAGGACCAAAAUUGUAGAAUUUGGCAUCUAUACAAAUGCAAGUUGUAGUCAAACCUUUAAUCCUGGUACUUCAGGAGAAAGAGUUAUCACUCCGGGAGUUUACAAGGAUGCAACUCUAACAAAUAUUGAUAUUGGCUAUAAGCCUCGAGGACUCAAGUGGAAUGGUGGAGAUGCUGUCACAGCUUCACAGUUGCAACGUAUCAGUCAGUCAAGAAAAAACAAACGUGGAACAUCUAGUGCACCAAUGAAUGCCUAA